AUGUCAGACGCAGAGCAACCGGUGGAGAACAACGAGGUGGCUCCUGGCGCCGACGUCGAGGAGGAGGCCAUCUUCAUUAAGAAAGAGAUCACCGUGGAGAUGGAUCACCUGGCCAACGGCAGUUUACCCCAAAAUGUUCCAGCCAACGCAGAAACAGCUGACGCUGAAGAGGAGAAGAGCGCUCAACCCGCUGAUGAAGAUAGGACUGAGGAUCAGGCAAGUAGUGAUCAACACAGAAAGCUUGAAGUUCUAUUGAAAACGUGGUAA